AUGUCUACAGCCCUUGAUUCACAGAGGCUUGGCCUGAUCUUCCAGUCGCGACCAGAUAUUAUCGAGGGGAUCAACCGAGCCGCCGAUUCGCCUGGACGCAUUGCUCUCUUCAACGAAAUCGCCGGCCACGUCUACGACCAACUACACAACGGUGGCGAGCCCGCCCUGAAAAAGCGGAAAGUCGACACUCCCAUGAAUGCAAAUGGUACACAACAGGCAGAAGUGAGCUCUGGAAACGCUUCUGAUGAGCCCGUGCUAUUGCAUAUUAGGGAGAUAUCCGUUUCGGUCCCCCAAAGAAAGAAAUUCGAGAUAUGCCUUACUCAAAACUUUGUAUACGCCAGGGCUCCUGGAACAACUGCCCCUAUUCCAGGCAUAACAUACGCUUGGAAGGAUAUCGAAUACCUCUUCUACUUGCCUGUGCCAGAAAAGGCGCAAAUACAACACAACUAUGUUCUCUUCCCCCGAGCAACAUGCCUCCCGUCAAGGACCAAUCCACCGACCGUCGAGCCGUUAGUCUUCACAGUUCCCGCUACGGCGCCAAAAGAGGGCACCAUUGGCGGCACCGAAGCGUCAGCUGCUGCUGCGGUAUCGGACACUUACAAGUCACUUUUCCACUGGGCAUUUGACAGGAGGCUGCGAGCUGCUGGGAACGCUCAUGAUAUCAUCUCGGCAGAUCCCAACAAAUUUCACAGCGUUGUUCGCCAGCCCCACCGACCGAAUGAAAGGGCUGUGCAUGUGAGUGGCUUCCGUGGUUCAAAGGACGGGUAUCUUUUCUUCCUUGAGAACGGGAUCCUGUGGGGAUUCAAGAAGCCCCUGAUCUUCAUUCCAUUGAACCGCAUUGCUGCUAUCAGUUACACUAAUAUCCUGCAAAUUACUUUCAACAUGGUUGUGGAGACUUUCUCGGGAGAUGGUGAACCAAACGAGGAACUGGAAUUUGGCAUGUUGGAUCAACAGGAUUACGGAGGCAUUGACGAUUACGUGAAGCGCAACCGGCUGCAGGAUCGAAGCAUGGCAGAACAAAGAAAGGCUAAGCUUCAACUUGCUGAAAACAGGGGCCCAAAGAAAGGCUCAGAUGAAGCUGAAGGUGGCAAUGCUGAAGGUGGGACCGAGCUAGAGAAAGCCCAACUCGAGGCUGAACAACAGUUACAAGAUGACGAGGACGAAGAUGAGGAAGACUACGAUCCUGGUAGCGAAGGGGACAGCGAAGGAUCCGGAGACUCUAGUGACGAGAAUGGCGAUGAUGAUGAUGAUGAUGAUGGUGAUGGAGAUGGAGAAGAGUAUGAUGACGAUGAGGAAGGAGGAGAGGAGGGAGAAGAGGAAGAAGAGGAAGAAGAAGAAGAGGUCAAACCAGAACCAGUAUCAAAGCCUGUACAGCCGGCGGGAGCUGAACAGAGCAAGAAGACGUCCCAAGUCCCCGUUCGUCAGGGAUGGGCGACAAUGGCGAGCUCACGGCCGACAGACGAUGUGGACAUGGAAGAAAAGUUUGAAGUCAUGUAA